GCUUUCCAACAACUGACAGCACUAAAACACAUUGAAUCCCAAAUUGCAGAAGCCCUAAUUAAGCGAAAUGGGGGUGAAUGUGCCGAGAAUCAAGCUGGGGUCGCAGGGGCUCGAGGUCUCCAAACAAGGCCUCGGCUGCAUGGGCAUGUCUGCCAGCUAUGGCCAGCGGAAGCCCGAAGACGAGAUGAUCCAACUCAUCCACCACGCCAUCAACUCCGGCGUCACUUUUCUCGACACCUCCGACGCCUACGGUCCCCACACCAACGAAAUUCUUAUUGGAAAGGCUUUGAAAGGGGGGAUGAGGGAGAAAGUGCAAAUUGCUUCUAAGUUUGGGAUAACUCACAUGGGUGGGAAAAUGGAUAUACAUAGUGAGCCAGAAUAUGUGAGGGCUUCGUGCGAGGCGAGCUUGAAGCGUCUUGAUACUGACUGUAUUGAUCUCUAUUAUCUUCAUAGAAUCGACACUCGUGUGCCCAUUGAAGUCACGAUGGGAGAGCUUAAAAAACUGGUUGAAGAAGGGAAGAUAAAAUAUGUUGGGCUCUCAGAGGCUUCUGUUUCGACAAUCAGAAGGGCUCAUGCUGUUCAUCCAAUUACUGCGGUCCAGAACGAAUGGUCACUAUGGUCGAGAGAUUUGGAAGAAGAAUUAGUUCCUACUUGCAGGGAACUUGGCAUUGGAAUUGUCCCAUACAGUCCACUUGGGCGUGGCUUCCUUUCACUUGGUCCCAAGUUGAUACAGAACUUGCCGGAGGGCGACUACCGUAAGCUCUUUCCAAGGUUCAGUACUGAGAAUCUUGAAACCAACAAGGUGGUAUAUGAGAAGAUCAGCAAAAUAGCUACGAGUAAAGGCUGCACCCCAUCUCAACUGGCGUUAGCUUGGGUUCAUCACCAAGGAGAUGAUGUGUGCCCGAUACCGGGCACCACCAAGAUCGACAACAUCAAUGAGAAUAUGGGAGCUCUCUCGGUGAAACUAACCCCGGAAGAGAUGUCUCAGCUCUCGGCUUUGGCGGACAUGGUUAAGGGGGAUCGGCAUGCGUUCAUGGAGAAUACAUGGAUGCAUUCCAACACGCCACCAUUGUCAUCUUGGAAAGUCGAUACCUGAGACCACCGUGUUCCAAUUUGCACAAAGAAAAACUAGGUUUGAUCGUCUGAAAAUCUGGUUCCAGUUCUGUAAUGUGUUUUCGUCUGUCGAAUUUGCUAGUUUGUCGAGGUUUCAUGGCUGAGAAGACGAGACCAACUGCCUUCAUUGAAUAAAAAUUACUACUACUAAUA